AUGGAUUUUCCUGGUGGUAACAUUCUGCCGGCUACGCCGCAAGCCAAAAUCUACAUCGCUGGUGCUGCCGUCGUCCUCUUUGUUGGCGUCUGCAUCUCGAGCGUCAAGUCGAGGCCCGCAAAGACUGCUGAGAACCCCAGCCUUCUCAAGUCUCUGUGGCUCUUCGCAUACUCCUGCUUCCUGAAGCCUCACAGCGGAGACGCUAAGCACAACCAGCAAGAUGCGCUUGAGAGCUUCUACAAGGGGCAGGCUGGUGCCUACGACACCACCCGCAAGGCCCUGCUCAAGGGUCGCGAGGACAUGCUGGCUUUAGCCGCUGCUCAGCUCAACUUCAGAGCGCAGGAGAGCGGCUCGAAUUCCAAGAGGCGUGUCUGGGUCGAUGUGGGCGGUGGCACUGGCUUCAACAUUGAGACGAUGGCCCAGUUUGUGGAUGUGCCCACAUUCUUCGACAGUGUCUACCUCGUGGACUUUUCGCCAUCCCUCUGCGAGGUUGCCAGGAGGCGGUUCGAGCGCCUUGGCUGGAAGAACGUCAAGGUUGUUUGCCAAGAUGCUAGGAAGUUUCGCCUGGAAGACCAUGAACCAGCCUCCCAGGGAGACCGUCCUCGCUCUCCAGGCCUCAGUUACUUCUCCCAGAAACGUCCCACCACUGGAGGGGCCAGCCUGAUUACUAUGUCUUACAGCUUGUCAAUGAUGCCUGACUAUUACUCGAUCGUUGACUCGCUCUCCCCACUUCUCGCCUCCAACGGUAUCGUUGGCGUCGUCGACUUUUAUGUCCAGUCUCAGGUCGACAUCAGCUUUCGAAAUUACACAGGGGGCAGUGUUAACCGCCACGUCAACUUCUUCGGACGCACGUUCUGGCGAGCCUGGUUCGACCUCGACCGUGUCGUUCUCGAGCCCGGCCGCCGCGACUAUGUCGAGUACAGCUUUGGUACCAUUCUCAACCUCAACAACCGUAAUUACGCACUCGGCGCGAUCCCCUACUACAUCUGGAUCGGCACCCACAAGCAGCCUAUUUCGAGUAGUCUCCCCCACGAGAUCGUGGAGAAAGUCGAUGCUCUCGUCACCGAGUCGCCUUACCUUCACCCUGCCAAUCACUCGAAGGCACUGUCCCGAGCAGUUGAGAAGGCGGCCCCCGAGCUGCGCUCCAAGGCCUUCGAUGCCGCCAUUGUGAACUUGUCUGCCAACCUCCCAUUGCCGUCCUUCUUUUACCAGAACCACCACUACCGGAUCUACUACGAUGAUCAACUCCAGAAGCACAAGCAGUUCAACGACGAGUAUAUCUAUGCUUUCACCUGGGAAGACACUCGCGUCGACGAGCGUAUCUUGAACCUCAAAUCGGACGACGUUAUCCUUGCCAUCUGCAGUGCCGGUGACAACAUCCUGUCCUACGCUCUGCAGAGCCCCGCAAGAGUGCACGCCGUCGACCUCAACCCUACCCAGUGCCACCUACUUGAACUCAAGGUGGCCGCGUACCACUCGCUGUCGUACGAAGACUUCUGGAAGAUCUUUGGCGAGGGCAAACACCCCGAGUUCCGGUCUCUCUUGCUGCAGAAAAUGUCUCCCCAUUUGUCUAGCCGAGCGUUCCAGUAUUGGUACAACAACUCACACAUCUUCACGAAGCUCAAGGGUGGGCUCUACGACACCGGUGGCUCCAAGCACGCUAUCCGAAUCUUCGCGUGGAUCACGUUUGUCUUUGGCUGCCGGAGGGCCGUCAAGGAGUUGCUGGCUGCCAAGACGCUCAAUGAACAGCGUGAGAUCUGGCGCAACAAGAUCCGCCCAGCACUCUUGUCCCGCCUUGUGUCCAAGUUCGUUGUCAGCCAAGAAUCCUUCUUAUGGACCGCCCUCGGAGUGCCCAAGAACCAGCUGGCCAUUCUCGAGGCGGACCAUGCCGUAUCGCCGGCCGUCUGCGGUGAAAACCCCACGGCCAAGAACACCCGGUCCCACGCCAUCUGGGAGUAUAUGGUCAACACCCUUGACCCCAUGAUGGAGCAGACGCAUAUCGGCACAGACAACCCGUACUACUACGUCUGCGCCGAGGGAAAGUUUUCGCCACGGUGCCACCUGGACUACCUCUCGAGGCAGGCGCACGCCAAACUCUCUCAGCCUGGUGCUUUUGAUGGCCUCCGCAUCCACACCGACGAGCUCGAGGAGGUCAUUGCACGUAUCGCCCCCGGUACUCUGACGGUAGCUGUUGUCAUGGACAGCAUGGACUGGUUCGACCCUGGCUCCACUGCCGCCACGACCCAGAUUUGCAAACUGAACCGUGCCUUGAAGAUUGGUGGCCGCGUCAUGUGCCGGUCUUCUGGCCUCAAGCCAUGGUACCUGAAAGAGUUUGAGAAGUACGGGUUCGUCGCCAAGUGCCACGGCUCACGUGAGAAUGGCGCCUGCAUUGACCGCGUCAACAUGUAUGCCUCGUGCUGGAUCAUGACCAAGCGUGAGCACCUGCCUCCAGCGACCCCAGCGGCCGAUGGAAUGGUUGGACCAGAAAUCUCCGCGCUCGAGAUCUGA